GUCCAGGCUCGUUUUUCGCAACGCUCCGAGUCCUACAGGUUUGUGAAGGGUCAGCCUGGGGUCAACUACCGCGAUCCCAUGACCCCACGUCAGUGCCCAUUCUUCCCAUACGGACGCCGUGCUGUCACAGCGGCCCGGAUUCGUGGGCGUAAUGAGUCCCCGACCUUCCGGCUUUCAUGUCCCUCAACGUCCCACGCAAGAAGAAUGUUACUCAGGAUGGUCUCGAUGCUCACUUCACUGUCGCUCACAUCAUAUUCUCCCAUCCAAGGCAGUGUUAUGACACUUCGAUCAAUCUCCGGGCCGCCAGGUGAGAGGACAUAACGUCCAUGGACGCGGAAUGAGGACCAUGACCUCGACUUCAUCUGGCACUGACCAAUGGCAGCCAUCUCUAGUUAAAGUCAACGUUCCGACGUAUAGCCAGCGGGAAGCAAUUUCGCCCUGCCAGGUAUAUAAGGCCGGGGUUGUUGAGAUGCACGGUGUCGAGACGCACGCAUUAUGUUGUUUCUUCCCGCAUUGCUGACCACGACAGCCUUUGUCCCGUCGAUCUUUGCCGCUCCUUCGAGGACCGAGACGGCGAAGCGGGCUACCUGCACAGUCGACUCUGCCGAAGUUGCUGCAGACCUCUCGGGUUGCUCGAGUGUCGAGCUCACGUCCUUCACAGUUCCCAAUGAUACUACGAUCACGAUGAGUUUUGCGGAAGGGGCGACAGUCACUAUGACCGGCGAGGUUACAUUUGCCAGCACAGUCGCUUCCGGCCCUCUCCUGACAUUCCAGGGAACGAAUGUCCAGUUCAACGGCAACGGCAUGAUGUUCAACGGCAACGGCGCAGACUAUUGGGACGGUCUGGGGACGAACGGCGGAAAACCGAAACCCCAUCCAUUCAUUGCGAUUGAGGCCUCAGGCACAUUCGAGAAUUUCGUGGCGUACAAUACCCCUGCCCAGGCCAUUCGCGUACAGCCUGCUGCUGAUAUAGGCCCUUUGAUCAUCGAUGGUGUGUACGUGAACAACGCAGCGGGCGACGCAGACGAACUCGGCCACAACACCGAUGGCUUCGACGUCCGGGGAACAGAUAUCACCAUUCAGAAUAGCAUCGUCGAGAACCAGGAUGACUGCAUCGCCAUCAACGACGGCUCAAACAUCCUCUUCCAGAAUAACGUCUGCUCUGGAGGCCACGGGAUGUCCAUUGGCUCUAUUGCUACUGGUGACUUCGUCACGGGCGUGGUCUUCAGUCACAACACGGUCUCCAACUCGAUGUAUGGCACGCGCGUCAAGGCUCAGAGUGCAGCAACAACUGGGGCCGUCAGCAACGUAACAUGGACCGGCAAUACCAUCUCUGGUGCUACGAAAUAUGGCGUCCUCAUCACACAGUCUUAUCCGGACGACGACGGUACGCCGGGUGUAGAUACACCAUUCAGCGAUGUAAACUUUGUCGGCGACCCUACCAGCGUCACUGUGGUCGAGGAUGCCCACAGGGUGACCGUGGAUUGCGGAAAUUGCGCUGGUACCUGGGACUUUUCUGGACUCACAGUGGGUGGUGGCCUUGCAGGCACCAUCGUAUCUGGCGAUGCGACGGUAAGACAGAUGACCGUUGAUGUGCAGGUUCGUCACACUCAAUCUGAUAUGCAUGCACAGAUCCAGGGCGGGUCGUUCUGAGCGCGUCCAUGGUGUGAUGUCUGACAAAGUUUGAGCAAACGCAGCAUCUCAUCGUCGCACACUUUCAACGGAUAAUACUUUUGCAUUAUCCCUGAGAAGCUAUGCGUUUACGCUGCUCGCAAAUAUGCAGGAUUUUGAUAAUAGUUCACCGGCAGCGAUUGUAAUCCACGGACAUCAUCGAAUCGAACAUUAUA